CGGGAGCGUCCCCGUUGCUAUGGGGACCGCACGGGGAGAAGACAACAUGGCGGCUGCCUGGUGGCCCUGACAGCCGGCGCGCGGAGACUCCGCCAGGGGCUGACGCUGCCCAGGACGAUGGCGAGGGAAGCACAGUAACUCUGCAAACAAGAUGGCUACAACAAAGCUGUAUAAACUGGACAAUGGAAACAGUUAUGCAACCAACUGCUUCCCUGCCAGAAACAUUUUGCGGACAAGUGAAGAAGGGGCUGGUCACUGGCUGGUGGCUCACAGAGCUGCCCAGAAGACCAAAUUUGCGGCAGUGAUCUGUGCGAAAUCCCUUCAAGAGAAAGUAGGGGGGACUCCACAGUACCUGGCAGAGCUCCAACACCAUGGAUACACAGAUGAAAUGGUUCAAGAGAAUAUCCUAGAUGGGCCAUUUCUGAUUAAGCUCCACUGUGUGAAGAUCCCUUCAGAUCUAUGCUCUGUGGAUAUAAGCAACAAAAAUCUGGUCUCGGCUAAAGAAGAUGACUUUGAGCAGUUUGAUUCCGUCGCUUAUAUCAAUGCUACAGAAAACCUAUUGACAUUAGAAGCAUUUCGUAAGUUUUCUGGGCUAAGGGAACUAGAACUUUCCUUGAAUGGACUAAGAAAUCUUAAAAUCAGCGCUGGAGACUUUCUGCACUUGGAAAUACUGGAUCUUUCUUAUAACAAUUUGUCUCCUGAGGAUGUUCGGACAUUGGGAGUUUUGUCUCAACUUAAGGUUCUUCACCUAACAGCCAAUGGACUUAGAUCUCUUCCUUCUGACCUGGUAGUCUCAGAGAAUGACAGCCCACGUUUAAGGUUUCCAUCUCUAGAAGUCUUGUUGCUGGAUGACAAUGAUCUUUCUCACCCGAGCAUCUUUGUAAGCCUGGCUAAUCUCCGCAGCCUGAAGCAGUUAAAUCUGGACAAGAAUGGGAUUGCAGAGGUCCCUUACCUGCAUCAAAUGGAGAAUUCCCAGUUCUCCCUCCACCCACCAGCGGCAAAGAUGGGCACCAAGGCAGAGUCAUACAGCUUUCCGCCUAGAUUUGGACAGAAGCAUGAGCAGCCGCUGCAAGCUGGGGCAGGGUUGCAAGGCCAGCUGGUGACGGAGAAAGAGCAACUAGAAUACUUAAUUUUACAAAACAACCAGGAUCCAGACAGGACAGAGGUCGUUAUCACUUCUGUCUCUCGAGAACCACCAUUGCUGGAUGUUUUCGUGGAGGGAAAUGACCAUUCAUGUCUCGCCGACUCUGGGACUCUCCCUGCCAGUUUCAGGAACACCUUGAUCCAGGAGUUUACACCCCCCCUUCCAGAACUGCGCUAUCUGAGCCUGGCCAACAACAAGAUCAAAUAUGAGGAGGACCUGCUAGCCGUGGCGCUCUUUCCCUCUUUGACGGAGCUGACAUUCCAUAGCAACCCCCUGACCACCCUCAGGAGCGGUGAUCCACCGUUGCUAACCAGUUUCCUUCAGCACAGACUAGGGAUUAAGCUAAUUAGAAGAAAGAUUUCAAAACUGGAGAAACCACACAUCUUCAUUCCAGUCAAGGCUAAUAGGAAGGUAACAUCACACGUCCCAAAGGUUCCAAAGCAGCCGCUGAUGCUAGAAGCUCCUCUUGAGUCCUCCUUUUGGAAACUCUGGUCGGAUACAGAAGGGGGUAAACUAGAGGAGUCUGAGGAAGGAUCACAUAGGUUGAGCCUGUCUGAUCCUCUUCCGCCGAUCAGACCAUCAUCAGCGCAGCAGCACCAGGAGCCUUAUGAUGACGCCAAAAUGCUUGGUAGCCAUAGGGAGGUGCCGGAGAAAGAGAAAUGUGAUUCCAAGCUUGGCCCUGACAGCGCUGGAGAUGACAUUGAAUUAUUCUUCCUGACUCAGCUGGAUCAUGCGGAUGACAUCCCCAGCUCUGUUUGGAGACAUGAACUGGAGGAAAGACAAGGGAAAAGGAAACACAAGCCCAAGACAUUGGGCAGCUGCAUGUAUAUUCCCAUGAAAUAUAAAGGCUAUGAAGAAUUUCUCCAUGUGAAAACUGACCCUGAGUUCAUUGAGCCAGUGGGAAUGCAGCAAAACGUCCAGGCUCUGAGGCGUGCUCUGAAACAGCCCCUGGUGUAUCGUGAUUCGAAGGCGAGGCUCGACAGCGUGCAGAAGCCGUAUGUGCCCAGAAAAAAGAAGAUGGGGAAGCCACCUGGCCCUCCAUCUCAAAAGACUAAAGCUGAGCUGCUGGAAGAAGUCUUCCUAGCCAUGAGAGGCAACAUGAACAUCACAGAAGUUCCACUAGCAUCUGUUCUGCGAAAGAAGAAAUCCAACCGGAAGGAGUAUCAGGAGGCUCUGAGGUUGAUGAAGGAAUUCCACAAGAAGUACAAGGCUGCUUUGGCAACUUCCAAGGAGAGUGUGAAUAUCCCAGAGCCGGGGCAAAGCUCCACUCAGGAAACUUUUGUCAAGAUCGAGGAAAGUAAACCAGACUCUCUGCCUCAGGAUACGGAUUUGGAGAAAAGCUCAUCUCGUAAGAGGAGCUUAGUGACAUUUGCUUUGUAAACUGGUCUGUGGAGAACAGGAGCUUCCUAACUUUUGCGUUUCUUUCUAGAUAUAUUUUUGAGUUAGUUUUAUAACGAGGUUAGUGCGCUUUUCGGAGCGAGGGUUGAAAAUGCAGCACAGUGAAAAGGUUUGUGUGUAACAUGCCAGGACAAUUGUUCUCACUUGAGUCCACAUAGUUACAGCUGCAAUCAGUGAAAUAAACAAAUAGCUC